AUUCCAGAGUGGAAUUUUUCCAGAGGUGGAUCCACGAGCACCAGCUCUCUGCCGCUGCCUCCAGCCCUGGACCAGCCCUCACACGCACGCAGCCUCCACCCACCACCUCCCAGCACCUUUUUCCAAGGCACGUCAAAACCAAUUCGCGCCCUGGUCGAAACCCACCAAUUGCGAUUUUUUGACUCAGCAAGCCAGAAAAGAUCAAACGUCGCCAAAAUGGUCAAGAAGAGAAAGAACAACGGACGCAACAAGAAGGGCCGCGGCCACGUCAAGCCCAUCCGCUGUAGCAACUGCUCGCGAUGCACGCCCAAGGAUAAGGCGAUCAAGCGCUUCACCAUCCGCAACAUGGUCGAGUCUGCUGCCAUCCGUGACAUCUCCGAUGCCUCCGUCUUCGCGGAGUACACCGUACCCAAGAUGUACCUGAAGCUGCAGUACUGUGUCUCUUGCGCCAUUCACGGCAAGAUUGUCCGUGUCCGUUCCGUCGUGGGCCGCCGCAACCGCGCUCCCCCUCCCCGCGUCCGCUACAACAAGGAUGGCAAGAAGAUCGUCCCCAACACCCCCAAGGCCUAAAGAGUUUCUUCUCUACUCGGGUUCUCGGUGUUUCAGGUGUUUGCAAUGACGAGCAGUGGAUGAAAAAGUUCUCCUUUCAGGCAUGGUUUGGGAACCGGAUUGGGCUUUAUGAUGACGUUCAUCAAUGGAAAUCGGGCCAUGGCCCUAGGCUAGCAAAGGAAAUGCUUCAUGACACUGUUCUCUCG